AUGCUUUUGUACCAUCAUGAGAUUUUCCUCAUUCGGCCCCACUCUUCAUUUCUAGAACUUCGAAUCGGUACACCAAAUCUGCCCACGGGUCAACCUGUACGCCUUGUCAUCUACUUUGAAAUCACCGGUUCCCUCAAAGUUGACUUGAUGCUAGAAGGCGUCGUCUUGUCAACCGUAAUAGACUACACAGUCAAGAGUAUCACCUCCGAGAGCCUGACUAAACUGCUGCCCGUCCGUUCCAAUCUGGUGUGCAGUGUGCAGGAUGCAUUCGGGAACACGGAGAGCAUCACAGAGAAUAUAGCAUUUGAUGACCCAGCAAAGGAUCUGAGCCUGAGUGUGAUUCCGAGGUUUUCGAGCAUGCUAUCGCACUGGCAAUGUGACUUUUGGCAAUGUCUCUUCAUCCGCAGAGACGUCAAGUUAAUUAAGCUUUUGAGUCAACUGCAAUCGUCGCCUCGUGACUCUGUAGAUUGCUUCUUCAAGCAGAACUGGCAGCGGCUGCGAAAUAUAUCCGUUUCUUCCCCUUUGACGGAGCGGAUGAAAUCGGCAGUCUCCAUCGAAGUCCAUAAAAUGGGUCAGGUGGCCACAUUAACUCUUUCUCUGGCGGCAGGAAGUUCGGUUUAUUUCCGGUUCAACUUUGGUGACAACAGCUCUGAGGAGCAGUACAUGGGCAAACCACUCACGAGUCCGGCACCAGAAGACCUCAUUCGGAAGCACAUCUACACCAAGCCUGGUGAUUUUGAGAUUGUUGCCACAGCCUCAUCCGGCGGCUCUGUCGCACAGGCGACUAGAAAAGUCCACGUGGAAGAUUCAUUCAAGAAGUAUGCUCUGGAAACCGAGCAUGGAGGUGGCAAUGCUGGCGUAUUCUAUGCAGCACUCAAGGAAGUAUUUCGACUCCGGCCAGUUCGAGUCUCCCAAGAACCCGUCCCCGCAGGCACUGUCGUCAUGGUGGCCUGGGGAGACGGAAGUGAGUCUGGGCCCUCCGAAUUUCCCAAAGACACUUGGCUGGAGCACACGUACACUGAGAAGAUCGACGUAACGGUCAAUUUAACCGUCGCCUUGGCAUCGGACGUUGUCAGGCUACAGAUGCUGUUGCGUGUGCGGCAAAAGGUGGUGGACGUCUCAUGUGGCAUUAUUGUUGGCCGUCCAUAUAGCGUCUUGGAGACGGUUGACUAUGCCGUGACCUGUAGGCUGGCGGAGGAUGUGACCUACUCGCGGGUGACGAAGGAUGAUAAACUUUUGCAGGUUCUGCCUCAAAGUUCGAGUAUUUGUGAGUCCUGUAAAAGGCCAGAAACCCUUUGA